AUGGCAUUAUGUAAAUCUAAUUCGAUAACUUUUUGCAAAGCGUCUCCAGAGGAAACUAUGUAAUUAAACCCUUUGUAUUAUGAGGACAUAUACCUAAGCAUUCAUUAACAAGAGCAACAGAACUCUGCCAUCCUUCUUCAAGAGAAAUACUCAAGAAUUCUUUUAACUAAAAUAGUUACAGAAACAAUUCUUAAUUUAAACAUCCAUAUGAAUUACAGGAAUCACAUCCAAUGGAGCAUUCAUAAAUUUAUAAUUAAAACUGUGUUAUUCCCCAAUAUCCAUUUUAAGCUGACAUAGCUACUGUAAUAGAGGAACUUGUGUGUUAAAUUGUAAUAGAAAUUUGAAAAAUGAGAUAUGAAAGGCUACUUAAGCAUGCGCCAACUGAAAUACUGUUAUUUGUAUAAUUCCUUUAGUGCUCAAUUUUACUAUCUAAGUAAACUAGAAAGUCGCGAUCGAGGGAGUUAUUUAAUCUAGGGGACUAAAAUUCAUACUAUUACCUCAACAUUUUAAAAUCUAGUGUCAAUUAAUAGUGAGGUUAGAGUUCGAAAGUUUUGUAAAUCAAAUACUGAUAUCCAUAAGUUUAUGUUAUGAAUAUUACAUUAUAAGCAUCACACCUAGUUGGAAUGUAUGCAUUGCCACAAUUAAAUUGAUUCUCACAUGCAUACCAGACUUAAAUGAUAUUAUAUUCAUUUUUACUAUCAGAAUUAUCAUUAAAUAGUUCCUCAUAAACCAUUUUAUAUUAGGUAGAUUUUAUUAAGAGGCAAAAUAUCACCAAUAUGGAGGUUAUUUUCAACUAUUUGAACAAUGA